AUGUUAUCGAAAACAACAUCGGUACGACAUGGCCGUAGCCUUUUAGUUGGUCCCGUGCAAAAAUAUUGCUAUCGUUCACUCAUGACAGAAAGUGAAGCUACGCAUGUCCCAGCGCAGAGUGAUCCUCCAGCAUUAGAUACCCCACCCAAGACCUCGUAUUCUCAAUUGAAACUAGCUAGUCGGUGGGCACCUGCUUCUAAAAGGAAAGGCCCGAGUAAUUAUGUGGUACUUAAGACUGCCGCAAUAAAAACUACCACCAAGAAAACAACUGCUAGCUUGGGUGCCGUUAUAUCACAUCAAUACCAUCCUAACGAAGCAAUAUGGAAUCCUCCAAAGCCAGAGGAUGUCACAUUAGAAAUGCUGAUGGCAGCUCAGACACAUCUCGGUCAUCACACGAGCCUUUGGAAUCCAAUGAACCAACAAUACAUUUAUGGCAUAAGGCAAGGUGUGCACAUCAUAUCGCUUGAAGCUACCGCUGCGUACCUAAGAAGAGCAGCCAAGAUUGUCGAGGCUGUAUGCUACCAUGGCGGUAUCGUAUUGUUCGUCGGGACAAAAAAAGGCCAUAGAUCCGCCGUAGUAAAAGCCUCUGAACUUACAAUGGGCUGUCAUAUUUUCGAGCGCUGGCAGCCGGGCACCAUCACAAAUGGCGAUCAGAUCCUGAGGUCGUGCAGAAUCAAAGUAUUAGAUUCUCUCGAUCGGCCAAUUGAAGUUGAUGAGGAUAAACUUGAGGGUCUUAAAGCCUUGAGACCUGAUCUAGUUGUAUGUUUGAAUCCUCUCGAAAAUUAUAUUAUGCUCCAUGAGUGUGGAACAAAUAACAUUCCUACAAUCGGAGUAAUCGACACUAAUGCCGAUCCCUCCUGGGUUACUUAUCCCAUACCCGCCAAUGAUGACAGUGUCCGGUCAGCACAAGUUAUUUCUGGUGUUCUCGGUCGUGCUGGUGAGGCAGGAAGAAUGCGCCGCCUUACAGAAGCAAAAACUGGUAAAAUUUCGUGGUCACCUUCAUCGGAGAUUUCCAAGCUGCUCGAUAAAGCUCCAGAUAAAACUGAUAAUGUCAUCAACAUCCAGGGCCAGAAGGCUAACUCAACAAAUCAAGUCAAGGACACUUUUGUGGAACCAAUUAGGGAUCCAGAGUGGCGAAUAAAAAUGAAAGAUGAUAACGAUGAAUUAUAA